AUGGCUGGUUUCAAGACCCGGCCGAAUGGAGGGCUUGAGCGCCCAAGCAGACUCUACUGGCAUCUUGCAAGAUCGCGCCAUGUGGCCGUUGGCUGGACGGGAAACGCAUCCUGGAUGGACAUUGGAUGGAUUAGGUGUGCAAGACGACGAUGCCACGAUCCACCGGCCAACAGGUAUGUGAGUAAAGGUUACAUCAAAGCAACAAAGAGACCGCUAGACGCAGAAGAAUGGGGUACCGCAAUGAUCCCCAGCCGCUAA